AUGGCUCCUCCCAAGAAACCAAACGAGAAAAAAUCCAAGGCGGUGAAGAAAGUGGAAGAAGAAGAAAACCACCGCAACGUGACAUUCUCGAAGCGGAAGGCGGGGCUGUUCAACAAGCUGACAGAGCUCUCCAUUCUCUGCCAGGCGGAAACUGCACUGAUCAUCGCCUCCCCGAAUGACAAGCUCUACGCCUGCGGCUACCCCUCCGCGGACGCCGUCAUACGCCGCUUCCUCACACGAGGUCCCCCCGCCGCCGCGGGAGGAAACAUGAACGAUGAGGAGAGGUUGGAAACCCUUAGGGCGAUGUAUGAUGCUGUUCAGGAGCAGUUGAAGGAGGAGAAGAAGAAGCUGCAUGAGAUCAUGGAAGAGCAGAAGAGAAACCCUGGGGUUUUUCCUUCUUGGUGGGAGACUCCGAUGGAUGAGAUGGAUUUGGAUGGUCUUGAAAUAUUCAAGAAAUCUUUGGAGAAUUUGAGGUUGAAUUUGGUUAUGCGGUAUAACACUGCCACGCCGCAACCGUUGUCUGUGGUGUUUACUCCUCCUCCGUCGCCGCAGCCGCCGGUGACUAACUUUUCCAUCAACUGGCAACAAGUUAUGCAGGAUGAGAAUCGGAAUUAUUAUAACAUUGAACGUGGGUGUACUAGUGCUGGUGCCAGUGUCACGCUUCCUCCGUUUGCGCCGCCGCAAUCAGUGAUUCCACCUCCGCCGUUAGCGGUGGUUUCAGAUAACUGUCAUGGGUGGCAAGAAGUGGAGAAUGGGAAUUGCAUUGAAUUUGAAAGUGGAAGCACUAGCUCUGGCUAUGAUAAUACUGGUGUCACACUUGCUCCGUUUCCUCCAAGUUUUGAUUAUUGCAGUACCAAUGGCAGUGUCAUGCAUGCUCCUUCCGGUUUCGGACAAUUUUUUUAUUAG